UGACAGGUUCAACCGGAUGUUAUGGUGCGUUCACGUCCUCCGUCUUGACUCGGGCCAGAUUUUAGAGGUUUUUGCUGCACCGAUCCGGCGGACAGGUAUCCCCACCGCUCCCCCUCACACGAACCGGACACGGUGUGUUUUUCCUCGGAGACAAGGACCUCCUUCACUAUGUCGGACUUCGAGGAAUUUGAGAAACAGCUGAGCGAAAAUCGCCAAGAACGGGAACGAGAGCGACAUAAGAAGAGGAGUCGUAGUGGAUCCCCGGGCCGAGACAAACAUCGCAGCUGGAGUAAAGACCGUGGGAGUCGCAGCCGAGAGAAACGAAGCCGCAGCCGAGACCGAAAGAGCCGAGACCGCCGCAGCUCAUCCAGAGACCACAAGAAGCACAGCCACUCUCCGAGGCGAACCAGAAAGAAAAGGACGUGCAAAUACUGGGAUGUUCCUCCUCCGGGCUUUGAACACAUCACACCAAUGCAAUAUAAAGCUAUGCAAGCGGCCGGGCAGAUCCCGACCAUCGCUCUGCUGGCGACGUCCACCACCACCGGUGUUGCAGCGGCCCCGACACAGGUUCCCAUCGUGGGCAGUCAGAUGACGAGACAGGCCCGACGCCUCUACGUGGGAAACAUCCCCUUCGGAGUCACUGAGGAGUCCAUGGCAGAGUUUUUUAACGCCCAGAUGCGACUGGCAGGACUUUCACAAGCCCCGAGUAACCCCGUCCUCGCCGUGCAGAUCAACCAGGACAAGAACUUUGCAUUUCUCGAGUUCCGGUCUGUAGAUGAGACGACACAGGCCAUGGCGUUCGACGGAAUCAUUUUCCAGGGUCAGUCCCUGAAGAUCCGCCGGCCUCACGACUACCGGCCGCUGCCUGGUAUCUCAGAGCAGCCCGCCUUCCACGUCCCAGGCGUCGUCUCCACUGUGGUUCCUGAUUCUCCUCAUAAACUGUUUAUCGGAGGCCUGCCAAACUAUCUGAACGAUGACCAGGUGAAGGAGCUCUUGACUUCCUUCGGGCCGCUCAAAGCUUUCAAUCUAGUGAAGGACAGUGCAACAUCACUGUCAAAAGGUUACGCCUUUUGUGAAUACGUGGACAUCAGCGCCACUGAUCAGGCGGUCGCUGGGCUCAACGGGAUGCAGCUGGGCGACAAGAAGCUGAUAGUCCAAAGGGCUAGUGUGGGAGCGAAAAACGCCAAUCCUACCUCCAUCAUCGAGACCCCGGUGACGCUGCAGGUCCCGGGGCUGCAGAGGCUGCAGAACUCGGGCAUGCCCACUGAGGUGCUCUGCCUUCUCAACAUGGUGAUGCCCGAGGAGCUGGUGGAUGACGAGGACUACGAGGAGAUCCUGGAGGACAUCCGCGAGGAGUGCUGCAAGUACGGCAGCGUCCGCUCCAUCGAGAUCCCACGGCCCGUCGACGGCGUGGAAGUCCCCGGGUGUGGAAAGAUCUUCGUGGAAUACGUCUCUGCCGCUGACUGUCAGAAAGCCAUGCAGGCUCUCACCGGCCGCAAGUUUGCCAACCGAGUGGUGGUCACCAAGUACUACGACCCCGACAUGUACCACAGACACGAGUUCUGAGGCGCCUCCUUCCAUUUGUGGGUUUGUUUACUUCUCUGAAUGUUGUGAAUGUGUCCUCACAAGCCACCGUAGACCUGGAACAGACUGGUUUUGACCCAUAAUCCCCAUCCUGGACUGCGGCGUGAGCGUCUUCAGUAAUGAGUAUCUUAACUCCGAGCUUGGCCUAACACUCCCACAGCGACCUGUAAACCUAGAGUAGAACAUGUCCAACCAUCCGCAGUAGAAUGAAUAUGACUCGUAUCCUCCCUCAACUAAUACUGCCCGACAUCGCCAGAGUAACGUCGACCUAGAGGAGAAAAAAAAAACACUUUUAGAUCCAAACCCUGAACAUAAACAUUUACUUCUGUUCAGAAACAAAGACUUAUCAUUAGGGACGGGAAAUGAGACGUCACUAUUCUGUGUAAUGUACCUUCAUUCAGUGAUUCUUCAUCAGUUUUCUGUGAUAAAAGU